GGGGUACCAGGUGGAGGCGAGUUCGGGCGAGAGAUGCCUGAGAAGGGACUCGAUGCGCUCCACGCUGAGCGAGAUCUCGACGUGCCGGUGCAUCAGAUCGGAGAGUUGGCAUUCGAUCCGCUCAAGGCGAGGCCGCAAGUGGCCGGCUUCGACCUCGGACUCGCCAUGUGCUUCUGCGCAUCCUCCUCCUCCUCCAUCUCCUCUCCUCGGCUCCGAGUUCGAGUCCGUCCUGUCUGCGGCUCGGACUCUGCUCGCCUCCCCGUCGACAUCCGCGCCAGUCACAGCCUCCGGCUCGACUACGCUCGCCCGCCUCCCCGUCUCCCCAUCGCUCGACUCCUCUUCACCGUUCACCAAAUGACGCCCAGUCUGCUCAUUGGCCUCAUUUGUCUCUCACCGUCUCUUGCUCGUCUCUUUCCGCCAAUCUCAGACUUGUCGUCGGGGCUGACGACCUCGGCGACGCAGACCCGACCGAGGCUCGAGCCGCACAGUCGCUUCUGCCCGCCAGUCUGGCCAGGCCAAGGGAGUAGCGCACGGCCGCGGCGACCGCAGAUACCGGCUCGGAUGGCGACAGGCCUCUUCGCAACUCACCCGACGCCUCGGCAUUGGCCGACUUGCCCGGUCUCGGCAGCAGAUAGUCCAAUUCCAUCAUCACACACGACCGCUAUGCCCCACCUGAGCUCGGCCGCCGAGUCCUGCACCGGCUCGAGCCCACACACUCACUCGCACACAAGCAGGCACACACCGACACACGGACUAGGAGGAGGGCACCGGCACACCUGCACGCACAAACAAGCAUACACGCAUCCGCUCGUCGUCGUCGUCGUCGUCGUCGUUGGCGCCGUCGGAGGAGGACCGAGCUGUUGGCGGACAAGAUCUGUACUGCUUCAAGACGCCGCCGUGCGAGUCUGCAAGUCUGACGUGGCGGCGGGACUGAGGCGAAGAGACGCAAAGUUGUGUCUGCGUAAGCACCCAGCCAGACCGGUCAACCGACUGCCCACUUCACUCCGCCAGCCACACCACAUACACCGUUACGAGGACGGUGGAACUGUUCAUGCACACACCAACACACACACACACAUGCACAGACACCAGACCCAUGUGUGCAUCUGUCGCCUUAGAGACAUUCGUGCACAUGUGCACAAAUACCUCUCUGCUCGUUCGGCCUACACAUGA